AUGCCGCAGCAAUUGACCUCCUUGGAAAGUGAUUCAGAACUUGAUGUGAUCGCGAAAAGGUACUCCGAAACGUGCUUUUGAAACACGUGGAACUUUUCAGCAAUAAUCGGUUCGAAAAGCGAUGCGCGGAAUUUGAACGUCAAAAACGAGGAAUUGAUAGAAAUAUGCGGAUGUGUAAGAGCAUUUGAACUUGCUCUCCCAAUCAGAGUCCAUUUUCAGUCGAAACGUGCAAUUUACAUGUGAAACGAAUGGUCUCGCACACCAAGGAAAAGAUGUCGCGCGUGAAGGAAGAAGUCGACGAACAACUCCGAAAGACGCAGCUAUUCGUGCAAGACUCACUUGCUCUUUGUAAGCCACUCAAAAAGCGUUUCAACAUAGGUUUUUUCAGUGGAUUCCACUCUUGACAAAGUCGAUUCAAUCCGGAGCAGCAGUCACAAUUCGAUUUCAAACGGAUAUUCGACAUUGUCGAUAAUGCUCCCGUAUGCUGACUGCAUACAAAAGUACAUUGAAACGAACGAAAUUACAAAGCGCAAACUGGCGGAACUGACAGAGGCGGAAGGUUUGCCAAUGCACAUUGGAUCGGUCUCGCAGUCAUAAUUUACAGAACUCCUAAAGAAAAACCAGGAAGAUUUGAAGCGCCAAGAAGAUAUUGUAUCCAAAUCGCUUGUAAAAACGGAGAGAGAUGUCAUCGAUCAGAAAGAAGAAGUUCAGCGUCAGAAGCGAUUCGUGGACGAUGUGCGGAAAACUGCUGAAGCCAGCCAGAAAAAGCUGGCAGAAGCGAGAGAAGAGAAUGCGACGGAAGGGAGUAUAAAGACGGAAGCGCAGGAGAAGGUGAUUAAAAGUGAUAUUCGUGCGGGGUAAUGAUGUCUUUCAGGUGAAAGAAGCCGAGAAAAUGCUGAAUGAUUUGGAGACAAUCCUGAAAGAGAAGGCUGACGUGGAAUCUGCGGAGAUAGACAGAAUGGAAAAUCUGGUCGCUUUGUACUCGGUAAAUCAAAAUCUGAGGGUUCAGUAAAACAUGGAAAAAUAAACAGGAACUCGAUUCAUCUGUCGGUUUUAAUGAACAUUUGAUCAGCGAUCUUCCUGAUCAAGACGAGCUCAAUAGGCUUGUUGACGAAUGGGCGGCCUUUGAUUCGGCACGGAAGCAACAGUUGAAAUCGCUUUCCCCACUUUCAUCGGACGUCGUUAUUUCCGAAAAGGACACUGUUGAUCGUCUGCGGACAUCUCUUGAAAAUGUGAAAAAAGAAAAAAACGUUUUAUUGAAUGAAAGCGAACAAAUGCAUCAGUACAGGGAAAAGUUCUUGUCCGUCAAGGGAACUCUGGAAAAACAUCAGCUGGAACUGGAAGCAUUAGAGGCUGAGAUCGAACGAAAUAACGGAGAGCUCAUUCAGCUGCAAGUUACCGAGAAGUCUGCAAAACUGCCCAAAACUUUAAAAACGAGAAGAUCGCGAAAAGAAGUAAGAAGAACUAUAAAUUGAGAGAUAAUCGGUAACCGAUGGUUUACAGGAGGCGUUCCAACUGCUGCAGGCGUCGAAAACGGACAUUCCCCAGCCCCCGUCGUUCUCGAAAAACAGACACGCUUCCGGAGAGUAUCAGACUCCAAGUGCCGUUCUCGAGAACAGCGAACUGAUUCCUGGGAGAAGAAAUGUACCGUGCAAGACCAGAAAGUCGGUUGAAUCGGGUAAUGAAACGACUUCGGGCCUUGAAACAUGUUAAUAUCUUCACAGACUCAACUCGUCCAAUUCUGCACGAUUCGUUCCCCGGAAUUAAGGUUAUCAGCCAGGAGAAAUCCAACGUGGAAUUGGAUUCCGAAGAAUUGGAACAAAGUGCCGGACACUUGACAGAAGACGAUGACUCGUUGGAUAUAAACGACUCUGGGGAUACUCAAAACACAAAGGAAAUGUUCGAUUUUUGGGGAGAUCAUAAUGCGGAAGAGCCGGAAGGAAAAGAUGCCACUCCGGUGGAGUUUUCAAUGAAUGAUCACAUGAAUGAUUACAAUAAACGCUUGGCGGACAAGCAGGCUGCUCGGCCCACUUCCCGUUCCAACAGUCCGGUUGCCAAAGAAGAUGAAAGUAACGCCCAACACGUGCCACUUCAUCACAAAUAAUUUUUUUCAGGUGAAAACAAUGAGAGACGUAAUUUGGGCUCCGAAAGCGCAGAUGAUGAUGAUUCUGAUGAUGUUCGUUUUUCCUGAUCCAUUUUUUUUUUCUUAUGAACUGUGAGUAUUUCAGAGUUUGAUGGCUUCUGACGAGCAGGAUGGUACUCUUGAUCAAUCCACGUGGAGUGACUGA